AAAUAUGGCGGCAACCAGUUUCCAGAGGAAGACACGUGCUAAAAAUUUGCAAAUUGCUGGGUCUAAGCCUUCAUUAUACAAUAACCAACUCUUGAUUUCUAGUGGUAUUCCAUCCCUUGAUAGCAUACUAGGUGGAGGAUUAGCUGUUGGAUCUGUUUUGCUUGUUGAGGAGGAUAAUUUUGGAAACUAUGGUCGGCUGUUGUUGAAGUAUUUCUGUGCUGAGGCAGUGAUGACCGGUCACUCUCUACUGCUAUCAAGUGCUGACCAGUCUCCGGACCAAAUCAUCAAGGAGUUACCUGCCCCUAUCAUUGAUGACCCAGGGUCAGUGGUGACCAGGCCUGAGGAGGAGGGGUCAGAGAAGAUGUCAAUAGCUUGGCGAUAUCAACACCUACCUAAGUUCCAGUCCAAUCCAACAACUGUUAAGUUUGGUCACUACUAUGACUUGACCAAAGUAAUGGAUCCCGCCCUUGUCAACAGCUGUGACUGUUCCUGUGUCGGUCAGACUGACCUUCUCGACGGUGAUUUAAAUGGUGUAAUGAAUCCAAAAUACAGGUGCUUACUGAAGACCAUAAAAGAAAAGAUUGACAGGGGAGGUUUCUCCACAGCUAAAGUACAAGAGAAAAGGAAUAUUCUACGAAUCGGUAUUCAUUCUCUUGGAUCACCACAGUGGGGAGAAAAUGGUGGUUUCUGUGAAAACCAUGAGGAUUUGGAUUACUCCCUGCCUCGCUUCCUUCUAGCACUUAGAUCCAUCCUGAGGACAGCGUUUGGUGUGUGUAUAAUCACCAUUCCAACACAUCUGUUCAAGAGUGCUACUUUUGUGAGCCGCCUGGAGAGAUUAUGUGAUACAGUGGUUCAUCUGGAAAGUUUCGCGGGAUCUGACAAAGAAAAGAAUCCAGCCUACAAGGAAUAUCAUGGCCUGUUCCACAUCCGACAGCUGCCCAGACUCAAUUCUCUAACUAGUCACAUGCCAGACACACUGGAUUUUGCCUUCAAAUUGAGAAGAAAAAAAUUCACCAUUGAGAAACUUCAUCUUCCUCCAGAGUUAUCAGACACAGCAAGUCGACCACAGGAAGAUGCGGUGCCCAAUCUACGCCCUGGUGUACUUUCAUGUGGUACUGUUGGAUCAAAGAGCAAACUUGACUUUUGAUUUAUGAACAUUUUGCUUUUUAAAUGGGUGUUAUCUCCAAACUCCAAAUCAUUUUUUCUGUUUCCAGAGUUGUCUUUCCUUACACACACUUCCACCUUAAGUUGUCUACAGCUAAAACUCUGUUUAAUCAUAUUUAUGACAGAACUAAAUUUGACUUAUUUAGGUGAUUUUUUCACCUGUGGUAGUUUCAAUAUGGUAAUAAAAAUCAAUUCUCCUGUUGAAAUAUUUCUGCAGAACUUAAGGUUUUACAAAACAA